CGUUGUCCAGUCUAGCCAGGCUGCCCUAGCAACAACAGCGGCGACGUAUCGGAUGGUUGCUCGAUGAGUUUCGAUUAAAAGUUGUCGUUAAUUAAAGCUUUUUGGCGUAUAGUGCUAGCAUUUGACCUUCUUCAGCCAUGGAGAUAGUAUAUGUAUACACUAAGAAACGCAGUGAGUUUGGACGGCAGUGUAACUUCUCAGACAGACCUGCCGAGCUCCAUGUGGACAUCUUGCCCGAUGAGUCUCUCGCUGCAAACUUCAUUGAAAAGAAUCCCGUGGACAGGGGCAUCCAGUGUGUCCAAGAGAUGUCUGAGCAUGAUGUCAACACAGAAAGGUUUGAAACAGAGACCAGGGGCAUCAACCACAUCGAGGGAGGCUGGCCCAAGGACAUCAAUCCACAAGAGGUGGAGCAGGUCAUCCGAUUCCGCAAGAAGGUUGAAAAGGAUGAGGGCUACAUCAACACAAUACAGUCACUCGCCACGACAAUGGAACACUGCAUCCGACAGAACAAUGCUAUCAACAUUUACGAAGAUUACUUCUCAGACUUGGCCAUUGAGGAAACUGAAGAGACGCCAUCAGCCAAGACUAUCAAUGUCUUCAGAGACCCCAACGAAAUCAAGCGCACAGCCACGCACCUGUCCUGGUACCCUGAUGGUGCUCGCAAACUGGCCGUGGCCUACUCUAACCUGGAAUUCCAGAGGUCCUCUCCGGACACGAGCCUGGAUUCCUACAUAUGGGAUAUUGAAAACCCAAACAAGCCAGAGACAACGCUGAAGCCUGUAUCCCCACUGGUGUGUCUUGAAUACAACCCCAAAGAUGUACACGUACUCAUUGGUGGCUGCUAUAAUGGACAGAUUGCUUUCUGGGAUACAAGAAAGGGCUCUCAGGCUGUUGAGAUGUCGCCUGUGGAGCACAGCCACCAUGACCCUGUCUACAAGACCAUCUGGCUACAGUCCAAGACGGGUACUGAGUGCUUCUCGGCCUCCACAGAUGGGCAGGUUUUGUGGUGGGACAUUCGCAAAUUGGGUGAGCCCACAGAAAAGCUGGUCAUGGACCCAAACAAGAAAGGCAACAUAGAGAAUGCACAGGGAGUCAUUGCACUGGAGUAUGAACCAACUAUUCCCACAAAAUUCAUGGUGGGCACGGAGCAGGGUACAAUCAUCUCCUGUAACCGCAAAGCCAAAACGCCAGCAGAGAAGAUCGUGGCCAUCUACAAGGAGCACAUUGGCCCUGUCUACUCUCUACAGAGAAAUCCGUUCUUCCCAAAGAACUUCCUGACUGUUGGUGACUGGACUGCUCGAAUCUGGUCUGAAGAUGUGAGAGACUCAUCAAUCAUGUGGACUAAGUACCAUAUGUCCUACAUGACGGACGGUUGUUGGAGUCCAGUCCGGCCGGCCGUGUUCUUCACCACCAAGAUGGACGGCACACUGGAUGUUUGGGACUACCUGUUCAAACAAAACGACCCAACACUCAGCUUGCAGGUAUGUGACGAGGCCUUGCACAGUCUGCGGGUACAGGACCAGGGCCACCUGAUUGCAACCGGUUCCCAUACUGGCACCACCACUCUGCUGGAGCUGUCCAGCAGCCUGUGCACCAUGCAGCGCAACGAGAAGGCCCUGGUGACGGCCAUGUUUGAGCGGGAGACCAAACGGGAGAAGAUUCUGGAGUCCCGGCAGCGAGAACUUAGGCUGAAGCGGGCAGGGACAAGUGCCGCCGGACAUGAGGAGGAAGGUGAGGGAGAAGGUAUGGAAGAUGAGGACCUCGUGGAUUCGGCUGAAAAAGACUUCUUCCACAUGAUCAAUGCCGAUAAGAAGAAGCAACAAGCCAAGAAUGCCAAAGAUAACCAAGCAAAGAUAGAUAAUACAAUAAUCGAGGAAAAUGGAGAUGAGGACGGCGAAAAGAAAGACACAGAGAAUGGAGAGAAGGAAGGGAAAGAAUGAAUGUCCAUACCUAACUUCAUGACCUUUGACCUGUGCGGAUAACUGGUCGAAUGAUGCCGAUACUCAUGAGUUGUGUACUUAUCCAUUGUUUAUGUAGUCUCUCUAUAGAGCAGUCAUCAAACAAAAUGAUACAUGUACAGUACCGCAAUGCUGGAAAUACAGCAGCAUUUAUUUCAGAAAAUUUCAUGUUGCUCUUUUAUUACUAUUUUAAAAUUAGAUUUGGUUUCCCGAGGGAGGUCAUGAUACUCCUGGUUAAAAAUAUGUGUACAUGUACUUCCUAACAAGUGGAAACUAAACAAAUUAUUCUCGUUAACUUAAGGGUUUUGUCAGUGUAGUUUUGUCCAUUCCUCUUGCAUUACCAACCUAGGGUAAAUACAGAAUGUGUGUCACUUUUAACUUAAAACUCUCUAGAUAUUGUUGCUGGAACCUUCCUGAAUUCACAGGCAUCAAAUCCUUUGUAGCAUGCCAGUGACUGGGCUCUAGUGACUUUUCCUAAUUUGAAAAUGCUCUCCAAUAUUUCCUCGUGAAAGUUGAGGGAUUGGAGAAGUUUAUGGUUAACCUUUAUUGACGUUUCAUUCAAAAAAAUUCACAAAAGUUGUCCUCGUAAAUGCCAGACUGCAUAUGAAUGAAGCUGGAAUGGAAACAAUUUUUUACUUCAUACCUCAUUGUAAAGUUUCUUCUUCAAAACUACAAUUACAUCUAAAUACACAUUAUAUACAUGUACUGUAUAUGUAAACCUUGUACAGCGUUUGUUUUGUAAAUAUUAUCUACUAUAUGCCGUCCUUAAAUUGUACUGAAUAGUGUUUUCGAUAUUGUAAAACAUGAUUUAAAAUGUUAAAAUGGCAUUCUAUGCCACUGGUAUACUGUUUUAUGUUGCAGUUAUUCAAGUGAUAUAUUUUCCCGUCCAAUAAAGUUGCUAUAAAAAUUUUACAGUACCUUCAA